UAGUUAAUUGACUAACUAAGCUUGAUGAGUUAUGAUGGAAAAUGAAACGUCUUUAGAAUUGUUUUGUUGCAUAUAGUAUCCAGCAGAUGGCAACACGUGCAUGGUUAACUGAUGAGUUAUGUCAUUUCCUACUGUAGCGUUGUAGUUCCGACAAGCUGUCAAUCAAACUUUGUGUCAGUCGAUUGUUGUCUGGUACUGUCUUGGAAAGCAACUUAAUCAGAACCACACAUUUACACUUUCGAUGGAAACUUUGCGGGCUUGGACAUCAAACCCGGAAGAGAACUAACGUUAAUAAGCGAGACUAGAUGCGUUUACACAGACAGUGCGACCAUGGAAGCAGCAGCACACAGUUGUCACCGACUGCCUGGGAAAACAUCAAGAAAGAGGAGGAGGGAUGAGAUGGAGGGAGAGCAGGCCGUCAAGGUCCGACGAUCCACAGUGGGUCUGACAGAUCCAGCCCCAUUUGCUGACCAGCUAGAACCAGUUCCCGCUCCGUACCUGCGUGUCAGUAUGGAGGAGGCAUGCCAGGGCACCCCACAAGAGCGUCCAGUGCGGGUAUAUGCAGAUGGAAUCUUUGACAUGUUCCAUUCCGGCCACGCCCGAGCACUGAUGCAAGCCAAGGGGCUCUUCCCAAACACCCAUCUAAUUGUCGGAGUAUGCAGUGACGACCUGACACACAACUUAAAGGGCUUCACCGUAAUGAACGAGGACGAACGCUACGACACCGUCAGUCAUUGUCGCUACGUUGAUGAGAUCGUACGGAACGCACCAUGGACGCUCACGCCGGAGUUCCUGGCUGACCACAGGAUUGACUUUGUCGCCCAUGACGAUUACCCAUAUUCUUCUGCAGGAAGUGACGAUGUUUACAAGCACAUCAAGGCGGCAGGCAUGUUCGCACCCACACAGCGGACAGAAGGCAUCUCUACUUCUGACAUCAUCACCCGUAUUGUCCGCGACUACGACGUGUACGCACGCAGAAACCUGCAGAGAGGCUACACUGCCAAAGAGCUCAAUGUCAGCUUCAUCAAUGAGAAGAAGUACCACCUGCAGGAGCGUGUGGACAAAGUGAAGAAGAGGGUGAAGGAUGUGGAGGAGCGAUCCAAAGAGUUUGUGCAGAAGGUAGAGACAAAGAGCAUCGACCUGAUCCAGAAGUGGGAAGAGAAGUCCCGAGAGUUCAUAGCCAACUUCCUUCAAAUGUUUGGCCCAGAGGGAGCACUGAAGCACAUGCUAAAGGAGGGGAAGGGGCGGAUGCUGCAAGCCAUAAGCCCCAGGCAGAGCCCCAACAGCAGCCCGACCAGAGAGCGCUCACCCUCUCCGCCGCCCUCCUUCAGUCUGCCCUUCUUCACCAAGACCUCCCCUCCCUCUUCGCCCCACCACCUCAGUGGAGCAGACCGCGAGGAUGACGAUUAGGAGCCUCCCUCCAUUCCUUUCUCUCCCUGUGGCUGAGAUGGUGCAGGUCAGGGUUAGGGUAAAUACCAUUUCAUUUCAGUCAAUUGAUUGAAUUGAAAUGGAAUUGACCCCAGCCCAAGUGCUCACAAGGAAUUGAUAAUUCACAUGCUCUUGAAUUAGGAUGCCAUGUUGCAUUUUUUUCCUAUCCCGCUCACAUUACCUUUACCAGGCCUCUAGUGUCAGUCAGGCCUUUGUCAUGUUUAAAGGAAACCACGACACAAUAGCACAGGAAGUUUAAUCAUAACUUUCUGUAAAAUGGCUGUUCUUUGGGGUCACAGUGUUGUUAUACACAAAAUAGAUGUUUUAAUGUUUCAUUUAUGAUGUAUAAAAUGAAUUAAUGAACAUGGGAAGGUGUCAGCCAAUACGGGCAUGAGUGAUGGGACACUCAUUCGCUCACAAAUGACUUGCAUGUUCUUCCGACACACACUGAAUUGUAUUUGCCAUGCUAAAUCCAUAGUAGUGGCAGAGAAAAUUUAACAAGUGAUAACCGGUACUUUCUGUAAAUAAUAUCUUUCUACUUUCCCAUUGAUUUCAUUCUGAAUUUUCCUUAUGGGAGUCACAUGAAGUAAUCGCUUAAGUCGUCUGGAUUUUUAAACUUCUCUGGUGAAAGCAUAGUUCACAUGGAUAUAGCACAAAAAUGGGUAAGAAGCUAUUGAAUCUAGUAGGGGUUAACCAUCGUACCAGAGUGUACGGAGCCCCUUCCCUGUUUCUCAGUCUAAAACUAGCCGGCACCUCAUACCAGCUGUCUGGCCUUUUUAUCCCAUAACAAAAGCUGGUUUCAAACAUGGGGAGGGAGGGGACAUGGGAGAGUUUCCUCCAAUAUGAAGCAGUAGAAUGCUAUCCCUCCUCCCCCUCCCUCUAGUGAUCACACUACAGGAGCAACACAGCAGUCUGUUGUUAUCAAUGAAAGACAUAGUGAGCCUCCCUCCCCUCGUAGAUGCAUUCUCUUCAACUGCCUCCACAGAAAAAGACCACUUGGGUAGAAAGAAAGCCUUGUGCAGAAUUCCGAAUAACCCCAUAGCCACCUACCACCCCUUAGGGCCUAGGCACUCCUGUAGAUCUGAAAGGAUGGGAUAGCUUUUGCGUUCUGGCUGGGUGGCAUUUGCACUGUGUUGGAUACACCUAUUCAGUCCUUUAAGGCCUAGGACACGCUGAGGUUGUACAACUGAUGUACAAUGCAUUGGACUCUACAGUUGUGAUGCAAUGGAUAUUAUUUUUAACGGAAACAUUUAAAAUAUUGUUGUUUGGUGUCUCCAGAGUGGUUGGGUAAAUAUUUGUGUGCAGACAAAUGCAUAACAAAUACCUGUUGUAUCAAAUGCGUUGUACAACCUGACGUGAACUAGGCCAGUAGACCUACAGGUGGCCUAAGGCUGUUCCACUUGCUCAAGAGGGAAGUUCCACUAGGGACAGAUCUAGGAUCAGCUUCCUCCCCCAAUACACCUCCCAUUAGUGGAGAAAAUGCUAAACUGACCCAAGAUCAGGGGAAACUUGACCAUACUCCAUUCUGCUUAAUAACCUCCCUACUCUGUAACUGUAAUUAGGUUGAUCGAGGACUUUUGACUACAUUGGUCACCUGAUUAGUCACCAAGUUGAGUUGUUUUAUCCUUGUAUUUUGUAAUUUACUUUUAUUUAAUAUGUACUAAGUGUGUUGGUUUGUGUUAAAGGAGAUCUACUGUAUGUACUUUCAUCUUGUAUAGAUGUCAUUUUUGUACAUCUCCUGGAAAAACCUUCUGCUGAUUUUUCA